UGAUGCCGACAGACGCUAGUGAGGAAGGGCACCACCGUAAGCCAGUGCGCAGGCCCCGUCUUUCCUAUAUGGUAAUUAAGAGCAAUAUAUCGUCCCAUAUAGGCCUAAAAACUACAGGUUUAACUACAGGAUCGACUUCAAAAUCCUCAUGCUUGCAUUUAAAAAACAUGAAUGGAUUAAGCCGCACAUACAUCAGUGACCUCAUCUCAAUCAGCGAGCCACCAUGCACUCUCCGCUCUAGGCACUCCCUACUGCUUCAAGUCCGUAAGACACGUCUCCGAACUAAGCGGGACCGAGCCUUCUGCUUGCUCCCUUGCCCCUCGCCUAUGGAAUGCUCUCCCUGACCAUCUGAGAGCCGCUACAUCACUCGAAACUUUUAAAACUGGCUGCAAAACCCACUUCUACAGACUGUAUUUUUCAUAGUCCUGGUCCCAUUCUAAAAUGUAUUUAGCACCUAGCCCACUAUUGGUAUUUUACCUGCCUUGAUUCGAAAUGUACUGUAUGUUUUUUUUUAUUGUAUAUAUAUAUAUAUAUAUAUAUAUUAAAUGUUUUCCUCAGUAGAGCUUUGAGAUAACUCUGUAAUGAAAAGCGCUAUAGAAAUUAAAUGUAGCCUAUUAUUAUUAUAAUUGAUCUACACAUGGAUUCCCUUAUUGCUCUAUCAGGUAAGUGGACCUAUGCUAUGGCUUAAAAACAAAAAAAUAGCAUACAACUGCUAGAUAAAUGGAUUUGAGUGUAAUGUGCUCCUGUCAUUGUGCUCCCAGUUAGGUCGUGUGGUCAGGAACCCAGACUUUGAACCCAGACAGAGUGUGUCCAGAAACAGGAACAGGAAUAGGAGACCUCAGGUGAGUAUGACAUCAACAGGUGUUCUGCAGCCCAUCCCUGAGAACCGAGACCCAGUGGAACAGAGCCCGAGACCACCAUCACCUGAGAGGGCCUUCAUCAACCUGCAGCCACACACACAGGUAGGACUCUAGUCCUGCAGCAUUACAUACUAGUUUAUGUGUGUGUGUGUGUGUUUCACUGUGUUCGUCAACUAUAAUGUGGCUAUAACUAGUCUCCUGAGUGGCGCAGUGGUCUAAGGCACUGCAUCGCAGUGCUAGCUGUGCCACUAGAGAUCCUGGUUCGAAUCCAGGCUCUGUCGUAGCUGACCGGGAGACCCAUGGGGUGUGGCACAAUUGGCACAGCGUUGUGUAGGGGAGGGAAUGGCUGGCAGGGGAUGUAGAGCAUGGCGUUUGCAAUGCCAGGGUUGUGGGUUCGAUUCCCACAGUGGGUAUGAAAAAGACAAAUAAAUAAAAUAAUGUAUUCACUAACUGUGAGUCGCUCUGGAUAAGAGCGUCUACUAAAAUGUAAAAUAACUAUUUGCAUAAUACCAUAGGAAUGUGUAUGAUUGAGUCUUUCUUUAUUCUUAUGUUAUAUCUGAAAAAUCUCAAAUGCUCUCUCUCGAUUAGCUUGACCAACAAGGAGCGUUAUCCCACUCUGAAGAGAUGAGAGAGAAAACCAACCCACUCUCUGGGAUCCAUGACCUGGUAAGUGACCUGUGUUUUCACUGUAACUUUUUGUCUUAGAAGUGACGUAGAACAGGGGUAGACAACCAAAUUAAGCCGCAGGCUGAUUUUGGUCGGAGAAGAUGGUCGGGGGUCCUCAACAUAAUUAUAAUAUAAUUUGUACACUGCAAACUGACCACAACUAAACCCAACAAGCGAUUGUAUUUGAAAAUAACAGUAAUUUCAUACUUUGAUUACAUUGAGACACGAUCAAGUCUCUUAUUUUAUUCGUGGGAAUACUUGGGAACAAAUUCCCUGAAUUAAACUCAUUUUUAGCUGAAUUCCUGAUGAUUUUACACCAUUUUUUAGCAAAAACUAAACUACCUGUUGCCGACCCCUGUCGUAGAAGGAGUCAAAGAUGAACACAGGUUGUGUGUGUGAAUGUGUGUGUGUGUGUGUUGAAUGAUGCAGACAGUCCUCCUGUGUGAGGAGAAGGAGAAAGAGAAGGCCCUGUUUGUUAAAGCCAGAGAGAGGACCAUGAGAUACUUGAAAGAGGAUCUGGCUUACUACCAUGAGAAGGUCACCAAAGACCUGGCAUCCCUAGGCCAGACCCUGGACAGAGCUCUGGUGCUGAAUCAGAGCGAAGAGGAAGCUAAGCUGGAGGAGAGGAUUGAUUUUGAAAGGAUGGUUAGGAGGUUUGGGAAGGGUGGAGAGAUUGAUGAGGCCAGUGCUAGAGGUUGCAGGAAGAAUAGACAGACAAAUAUCAAGACACCCGAAUGUAAAGAUGGUAAUGAAUGGGAGAAGAGCCGGCCAAACUAGUGAAGGUGGCAGAAGAGGAAGAGAGUAAAAGAGGUCAAAGAGCGAAGCCAGUGAAAAUUGACAAGGAGUUAGGUCCUGUGGUCAGGAACCCAGACUCUGAACCCAGACAGAGUGUGUCCAGAAACAGGAACAGGAAUAGGAGACCUCAGGUGAGUAUGACAUCAACAGGUGUUCUGCAGCCCAUCCCUGAGAACCGAGACCCAGUGGAACAGAGCCCGAGACCACCAUCACCUGAGAGGGCCUUCAUCAACCUGCAGCCACACACACAGGUAGGACUCUAGUCCUGCAGCAUUACAUACUAGUUUAUGUGUGUGUGUGUGUGUGUGUUUCACUGUGUUCGUCAACUAUAAUGUGGCUAUAACUAGUCUCCUGAGUGGCGCAGUGGUCUAAGGCACUGCAUCGCAGUGCUAGCUGUGCCACUAGAGAUCCUGGUUCGAAUCCAGGCUCUGUCGUAGCUGACCGGGAGACCCAUGGGGCGGCGCACAAUUGGCACAGCGUCGUGUAGGGGAGGGAAUGCUUGCAGGGGAUGUAGCUCAGUUUGUAGAGCAUGGCGUUUGCAAUGCCAGGGUUGUGGGUUUAAUUCCCACGGGGGGUAUGAAAAAGACAAAUAAAUAAAUAAAAAAUAAUGAAUGCACUAACUGUAAGUCGCUCUGGAUAAGAGCGUCUACUAAAAUGUAAAAUAACUAUUUGUAUAAUACCAUAGGAAUGUGUAUGAUUGAGUCUUAUGUUAUAUCUGAAAAAUCUCAAAUGCUCUCUCUCGAUUAGCUUGACCAACAAGGAGCGUUAUCCCACUCUGAAGAGAUGAGAGAGAAAACCAACCCACUCUCUGGGAUCCGUGACCUGUGUUUUCACUGUAACUUUUUGUCUUAGAAGUGACGUAGAACAGGGGUAGACAACCAAAUUAAGCCGCAGGCUGAUUUUGGUCGGAGAAGAUGGUCGGGGGUCCUCAACAUAAUUAUAAUAAUUUGUACACUGCAAACUGACCACAACUAAACCCAACAAGCGAUUGUAUUUGAAAAUAACAGUAAUUUCAUACUUUGAUUACAUUGAGACACGAUCAAGUCUCUUAUUUUAUUCGUGGGAAUACUUGGGAACAAAUUCCCUGAAUUAAACUCAUUUUUAGCUGAAUUCCUGAUGAUGGUCCUCUGUAGCUCAGCUGGUAGAGCACGGCGCUUGUAACGCCAAGGUAGUGGGUUCGAUCCCCGGGACCACCCAUACACAAAAAAAAAUUAUGCACGCAUGACUGUAAGUCGCUUUGGAUAAAAGCGUCUGCUAAAUGGCAUAUUAUUAUUAUUAUUUUACGUUUGAGAAACAUGGAUGAACGUCUAAUUCUGACAUGAGUGUGAGAGCUCGUAGGUUUAGCCACACGAUCUAACCCUGCACCUCUGUCUCUCAUGCAGAAUGACUUCGCUACUCUUGAGUCAGUGGUAGGUUGUUUACUGGAUUCAUUCAGUAUUUCUACAGACAUAUAUUCAUUACUGAUUAAUUACUGCAGCUACAAUAUUCUCCCAGUAUAUAAGACUUGUUCGGUUUCGAUACACGUAUUCCCACUGGGCACACACUGGUUGAAUCAACGUUGUUUCCAUGUCAUUUCAAUGAAAUCACGUUGAACCAACGUGGAAUAGUUGUUGAAUUGACGUCUGUGCCCAGUGGGCUGUAUCUUUUCACUGUGAUCUUGUGAUUAAUCAUGUUAACUAAUCUUGUACCGCUAAUCUUCCCAUCAAGAGUCAGAACUACAGGUCAUCUACUCCAGUGACUAUGACCUCCUUGACCUCUGUCUCUUUGACCACUGCUCCACUGACCGCUUCUCCACUGACCGCUACCCUCCAGACCACUGCCACUCCCCCCCUCUUCCUCCCUGUUCGCAUCCCUCCCUCUAACCUCCAGACCACCGCCGCUCCACCCCUCCCUCGCCCCCACCGCCUGCCCCCACUGAAGGUUCCACCGCCGACCCUGGCAUGGCCACAGACCACCCAUCUACCACCCAUCUCCACCCAGACUGAGGGAGGACAGACAGGCAACACUGACAGGACUGGAACACCUGUACUGGUAAGAAGACUGAUAAGAACCAGGCUCCCUCUCUCUCUUUCAGUCAGAUCCACACACAUGGUGUCACAUAGAGGAAAGCUAGUGUAGAUCUGUAAGAUUAUAGCUGUGCUGGAAAGAUGUUUAAAUGUUGUAUUAUGUUUCUCAGACUCUGGACACUAAUGGAGAUCAGACAGGAGAAACCAAUGAGAUUGAUUAUGAUGAGGUAGAGGAGAUUAGCAUCCUGCCUGAUGAGGAAAGGUUCCAAGUAAAGCAAGUGGAGAAGGAAGAAGUGAAGGAGAAGAAGGAACAGGAGAAUGAGACAGGGGGGGCGAAGAAAUGUCGCAAGACCAUCAAGAAG